AUGUCGCCUGCAGUCCGCCGGCGGCGGCCAGACGACUUCCAAAUCCACCAGGAUGGCCCCUCGACAGAAGACACCGAGAUGAACACAGACGCUGCUGGCGGCAGGGAGGAGGAGUACAUUGACGAGGAAGACCAAGAACAGGAGCAAGACCAGAGUCAAGAACGGGGGGCACGCGGGGCCCGUCGGGACGUCGACGAGGAGGAGGAUGAGGAGCCUGAGCUUGAUGAAGACGACGAGGACGAAGAAGAGUCAGACGAGGAAGAAAUACUGGACGAUGACAUGAGGAGGCUCCAAGAUGCUUUCCCGGGCUUCAGACGCAAAUACAAGCUCAUCAAGAGGAUCGGAGAGGGCACAUUCUCCACCGUCUACAAGGCCGAAGACCUGCAGUACGACCGCUACGAGAACAAAUGGGAUGUCGACAAGGAGAACGAGUCGUGGACUCCGCCUCCCCUCAAGCGGCACGUCGACCGCAGUAGCAGCUCUUCUGCCACGAUCGACCAGGCCUCAGAGCUCACAUCCCGCGCCACGCGACAGCACCGCACACGGUCACGCUUUGUCGCCAUCAAGAAGAUCUACGUCACGUCCUCCCCCUCGCGAAUCCUCAACGAGCUCGAGCUGCUUCACGACCUACGCGACUGCCCUGCCGUCUGCCCCCUGAUUACGGCCUUCCGAAGCACAGAUCAGGUCAUUGCCAUCCUCCCCUACUUCUGCCACCACGAUUUCCGGGAUUAUUUCAGGAACAUGACCAUCCCCGACAUGGCCGUUUACCUCCGCUCGCUCUUCACAGCAUUGUCAGCUGUUCACCGGAAUCACAUCAUACAUCGAGACAUCAAGCCUACAAACUUCCUCUACGACCCCUCGACGCAACGUGGUGUUCUUGUAGACUUUGGCCUUGCAGAGCGGGAGGGCGAGGACAGCAAGCCCUGCUACUGCCACGAAGAGCCCAGUGUCCGGCGGCAACGCCUGAGGGCAGCCGUCAUGGCCAACGGUGGUCCCCAUCGUGGCUACCCAAAGAAUGAUACCCGCCCCUCUCGUCGGGCCAACCGUGCCGGCACCCGCGGAUUUCGUGCGCCCGAGGUCUUGUUUAAAUGCACCGAGCAGACCACCAAGCUCGAUAUCUGGUCCGCCGGUGUGAUCCUACUCACCAUCAUGUCCCGCCGGUUCCCCUUCUUCAACUCGGCUGACGAUGUCGAGGCCAUGAUCGAGAUCGCGACCAUCUUUGGCCACAGAAGGAUGCGCAUAGCCGGGCAGCAGCAUGGGUGUAUGUUCGACACCACCAUACCUACUAUCGGGCAGAACGGUUUCGACCUGGGCAAGAUCAUCAUGUGGAGCACCCUUCGAGACGAGAAGAAACAGCCUUUCUCCGACGAAGAGAGGAUCGCCUUGGAUUUCCUGGCUCGUUGCAUGGAGCUGGACCCGAGCAAGAGGAUCGAUGCGGACGAGGCGCUGGAGCACGAAUUCUUGAUGAUGGGCAUAGAGAGCCAAGGCAGCGAGGAGGAAGACAUGGAUGUGCUUCCAACAGACGAGUACUGA